UGCAAAAGACAACGCAAAGCAGCUAUGUCCGCUGCUACUGAGGCCGCCAUGCCUGACUCUUGUCUUGAAGCCUUCUUGGUGCGGCACAACCCCAACUGGGGCCAUCCAGAUGCAGCGCCUAACGUGGUGAUGAAGAUGGCUUCCACCAUAGCCAGGUACUUGUUGAUCACGGUUGGAUCGGUAUACAUAAAGUCGAAGGAGGCACCGGCAAAAGAUGUUCUAAAAGACUUGGUGGAGAUGAGCCGGGGUGUACAGCAUCCGAUCCGUGGCCUCUUCUUGAGAAGUUAUUUAACCCAAAUCAGCAGGGACAAGUUGCCGGAUAUCGGCUCAGAGUAUGAGGGGGAAGGAGGGACUGUCAAGGAUGCCGUGGAUUUUGUGCUGCAGAACUUCACUGAAAUGAACAAGCUAUGGGUGCGCAUGCAGCAUCAGAUAUGGAGGAGGAAAAAGACGAGGAGGGAAGAAGACGAAAGGAGGAGGAGGAGGGGGGAAGAAGAAGACGAAAGGAGGAGGAGGGAGAAGAAGAGGAGGGAGAAGAAGGGGAGGGAGAAGAAGAGGAGGGAAGGAGGAGGAGAGGAGGAGAAAAAAGAUGGAGACUUGAAAAACGAAACAGACGAAAGGAGUAGAGGAGAACACGGAAGAGAGAAGAACAAAGGGGGAGGAGGAGAGAAGAACAAAGGGGGAGGAGGAGAGAAGAACAAAGGGGGAGGAGGAGGAGAGAAGGACAAGACGAAAGGAGGAGGAGUAGAGGAGAAGAAGACGAGAGGAGGAGGAGGAGAGAAGGACAUGAUGAAAGGAGGAGGAGGAGGAGGAGAGAAGAAAAAGGAGGACAAGACGAAAGGAGGAGGAGGAGAGAAGAAAAAACGAAGACGAGAGGAGGAGGAGGAGGAGGACAGAAGGAGAAGACGAAAGAGAAAGGAGGAGGAGAGAAGAAGACGAAAGGAGGAGGAGGAGGAAGAGGAGGGAAGAAGACGAAAGGAGGAGCUGGAGGAGAGAAGAAGACGAACGGAGGAGGAGGAGAAGACGACGAGAGGAGGAAGAGGAGGAGGAGAAGAAGACAGAGGAGGAGGAGGAGGAGGAGGACCUGCCGGCAGUGGAGAAGAAGAAGAGGAGAGGAGGAGGAGGAGGAGGAGGAGAGAAGGACAAGACGAAAGGAGGGGGAAAGAAGAGAAAGAAGAGGAGAGGAGGAGGGGGAGGAGGACCUGCCGGAUUUCGAUGGCGAUGACCAAAAACAAAAAAAAAAAGAGGAUACGAAGGAGGAGGAGGAGGAGAAAGGAGGAGGACAAGGAGGAGGAGGAGAGGAGAAGACGAAAGGAGGAGGAAGAGGAGGAGGAGGAGAAGAAGAGGAGGAAAGGAGGAGGAGGAGAGAAGAAGAGGACGAAAGGAGGAGGGGAAGAAGAAGAAGAAGAGGGAGGAGGAGGUGGAGGCGGCUUCACCCCGAUGGCGCUAGCAGCUACACGGGCAGCGGACGUGGAUUGGUUCUUGACGGGGCAGCUCAACUGGGAGGGACGAUGGCAGCUCGACGAGGAGGAGCAGCGACGACGGCGGGCUUGGAGACAGCAGCUACGACGGGCGGGCUUCGUGAUGGCAGCUUCGCAUUGGAGGAUACCACUGUGUGAAGCAGUGGGCUUGCUGUCCAAUAAACAGUACUGCAGUCCGUGGACUGUCGUGCAUUUGCAAUCAACGGUGGGAAUGCAUGUAUGUACGAUUCUGACAAGUGGCUUUUUUUUUCCUGGCACUUGUCAGGGACUGCCCAAAGAGAAGGAAAAGCGGGAAAAGGAGCGGAGCCAGUUGCGUGACCUGGUAGGGAAGAACCUGUUAGUGCUGAGCCAGCUGGAAGGAGUGGAUCUGGAUAUGUACAAGAGUGAAGUACUUCCGCGCAUUCUUGAGCAGGUUGUUAACUGCAAGGAUGAGAUUGCACAGUACUACUUGAUGGAUUGCUUAAUUCAGGUGUUCCCAGAUGACUUCCACCUUCAGACGCUGGAGACAUUGCUCGGUGCCUGCCCGCAACUCCAGCCAACCGUGGAUGUAAAGACUGUGAUGUCCCAGCUGAUGGAACGGCUCUCCAAUUAUGCACAAGCAUACCCAGAUGUCCUACCAGAAUUUCUUGAGGUGGAUGCAUUUAAUAAACUUCGUGCAGCUGUUGCAAGGGUUGUUGCUGCACAACCCGACAUGCCGCUUGUUGGUGCAGUGAGCCUACAUGUCGCCCUUCUAACGUUUGUGCUGCGAGUGCAUAGCACUCACCUGGAGUACGUCGACCAGGUUCUUGGUGCUUGCGGGAAGAUUAUCGAAGGGAAAGGGAGGAUUAAGGACAGCAAGGCGACAAAGCAGUUGGUGGCAUUGCUGAGCGCUCCGUUGGAGAAGUACAAUGACGUGGUCACGGUCCUCAAGCUCAAGCAUUACUCUCACAUCAUGGAGCACCUCGACUAUGAGACAAAUAAGGUCAUGGCAGUUGUCAUCAUUCAGAGCAUCAUGAAGAACAGCACUUACAUCAACGAUGCAGAGAAGGUGGAGGCAUUGUUUGAGUUGCUGAAGGAGCUGAUUCGCGAUGGUCCUGAUGCUCCCCCAUUUGAGGAGCUUGACCGAGAAGAUUUUGCUGAAGAACAGAAUUUGGUAGCGAGGCUGGUCCAUAUGCUUGUGAAUCAAGACCCUGAGGAGAUGUUCAAGAUCCUGACCACUGCGAAGCAGCAUUUCCUCAAGGGGGGCCCGCAGAGACUGACGUUUACUUUGCCACCAAUUGUUUUCCAGGCUCUGAAGCUUGUCAGGGAAUUGCAGAGCGAAGAACAUCCAGAUGAUGCGCCCGUAACAUCCAAGAAAGUUUUUCAGUUCUUGCUGCAGACGGUUGAAUCAUUGGCUAGUAUACCAGCACCGGAGUUAGCGCUGCGGCUGUACCUGCAGUGUGCUGAGGCAGCUGGUGAUUGCGACCUAGAGCCCAUGGCAUAUGAGUUCUUCACGCAAGCAUUCUUGCUCUACGAGGAAGAUAUUACGGACUCCAAGGCACAGUUGACGGCGAUUCACCUAAUAAUCGGCGCACUGCAGAGGACAAAUGUGUUUGGCGUCGAGAACAGAGAUACCUUGACACACAAAGCAACAGGGUACUCAGCGAAACUGUUAAAGAAGCAAGACCAGUGUCGGGCCGUUUAUGCAAGUUCGCAUUUGUUUUGGAGUAAUGACGAGGGUGGGGUAAGAGAUGGUGAAAGGGUGCUGUUGUGCCUGAAACGCGCACUCAGGAUUGCUAAUGCUGCACAGCAAAUGACAUCUGCUAUGCGAGGCCAUAGUGGCCCAGUCACUCUUUUUGUGGAGAUCCUGAACAAGUACUUGUAUUAUUUCGACAAGGGAAGUCCUUCGGUCACCACAAAGGUUCUUCAGGAUCUCUUGGAGUUGAUCACAAUAGAAAUGAAGAGCGAGAUGACGGCUCAAGAUCCGGCAACAGAUGCGUUCUAUGCGAGCACAGAACGGCAUAUUAACUUCCAAAAGCAGAAGGGCGGCACAAUUGGUGGUGCGUAUGCCGCGCUGCAAUUGCCAUCCACGCAGACGACUUAGCGCGACGGCAAUGAAUGGCCUUGAUUUGGUGCGGUUUUGCUUGGCUUCGCUUUCCUUCACCUGGCUAUUGCUCAAAUCGAUACGGUAUGCACAUUAACCGCCAAAGGCUCAGCUCGUCUUGUCGGCCAGGAAGGUAGUGCGAAAACAGAAAGCUCACUCGCCCAGGCUCAAGUCUGUGUUCGUCUUUGUUGAGGUUCUUGAACCGUUCUCCUGCCCAGCAGCUGGGAGAGUAGGGCCAUGAAUGUGGGAUUCAAAAGUCGGAACGGUUAUGGCAAUGGUGGAUCAGGUGGGCUGCUCGCUACGAAGAAGAGCAGCAGAGCAGAGUGGCACACUCUCUGGUUGGAAGAUUGUGGUGGUUGACAAUGAAGACAGGAGCACGACGUGUUGAGGUGAAGAACAGUGGCUGCAGGUCGCCGGAAUGACGGCAUAAUUGGUGAAAGUCGAGGGCAAGGAGGAGCACAAUGGACAGUUUUGUGGUUGUGGGUGGAAAAGCCCACACAGCGUGGAGUUGGAGCAAGCGAGGGAAUAAAGGGUAGAGAAUCUAGAGGUGAGUGGAUGGGUUGUUUAUUAUCGUGCUGCUGUUUCAGGUAACGUGCACAAGUUCCAUUGUCACAAACCACUGGUGAGAAGCCAUUGAGCCAGCAAAGUAUCUAUGAGAGAGAGAGAGAGGUAUGUGUCUAAGCCAGGGAAUUAUAUGUGUGUGUGUGUGUGUGUGUGUGUGUGUGUGUGUGUGUGUGUGCGUGUGUGUGCGUGUGUGUGUGUGUGACAAUGAUUGUUAUUAGCAAUUUAGCAGUUAUGAGUGGGGUGAUAUAUUGUAAAGUGUUGUCGGAGUUGCUUGUCUACGAAAUUUGUGCUCCCAAUGGAGAAUGCAGAUACCGAUGGAAGAGGAGGAGGAGGGAGGAGAAACAUGCGCAUGGGCAUAUAUAGAGUCGAGUGAAGAGGGGGUUUGCUUGGGAAUCAAUGACUUUUAGAUAACUGCGUGAGCUUGCGAAGUGCGUCUGGUGAUCCUUUUCGGUCUCUAGCUGAAGGCAUAUCACUGGUUGAGAUGCACGAAGUGAUGUUUCAUUCAUUGCGUUUGCAGCUAGCAGUCUGUUUGUUGUGGUCUGUAUUAGUGGUUAGCGAACCAGUUGACAUAAGAGAGAGCUUAGAGAAGUCUCCCCGUAGCAGAAAGCAGUAUGUCAUACAGCUGCUCCUCUCAGGUUUGGACAAACUGGAAGUCGGCAGCGAGCAGGACCAGUCUGGACUGGCGGUCGGCAGCUGGUUCGGUCGCAAUGGCAUCGGUGCUCACGUAAGCGCUUCGGCCUUUUGCAUGCAGGUGGGCGUCUUGUUAGCUUCCUCCUGUGUAAAGAUCAGCAGCAGUCUGAUCGCGUGGAAGGGGAGUGAAGUGCUUUGCAC